AUGCUCGAGCUUCUGUGGGAGUUCGAAGGCUGUCAUGUGCUUUUGAAUCAGACUAAUAAUGAAGGUUAUGUUCCGCUCAUGUUGGCCAUACGAGCAGCGAAUCCUCGAUGUUUUGCUACCUUAUUGAACUUUGGUGCGGAGCUUAGUAUGCGCGUGCAAGGACGUAAUCCUUUGUUCGAAGCCAUGCAGAGUAAAGGGAAGAACACCGAAAUCGAUCUGUUUAGCAUCAUCAAAGCCAUACUCGAAGCUUCUCCCGAUCUUGUUGCUGAACGGGACUCAUCAGGCAACACUGCGUUGCAUGUUGCUACACACAAAACACCGUUGAUGGGCUUGUUACUGCUGAAAUGUAAAGAUGUGGACAUGAAUGCCAGAAACAAUGCUGGCCAAACGCCGCUUCAUAUAUUCACACACAAGGGAGAGAUCGGAUUGAUGAUCACCUUACUUUCGUAUGCAUGCGAUAUAGACUCACAGGAUAAUGAUGGAAAUACUGCCUUACACGUCGCCGUGUCGAAAAGAAAUUUAGAGGCAACAAGACUUUUGCUUUGCUUGGGAGCUGAUCCCAAUAUCAGCAAUAGUCACGAAGAUAGUCCUCGACAUCUGGCUGCACGGCUACGAGAAAAAUCGAUUUUGGACGCAUUAAUAAAAUGUGGCGCGCGAACCUGUGGACCGAGUAAAGUGGGAUGCGUGUCUGGAUGUGUUAAUGGGGCGAUGGUUGGACUGCUGAAGUCAUCAGCUCUAUCUGAUUCUGAAAGCCCACGGUCGAGCAGCACUGCACUUUCAGCUCAAGAUUAUCCGGCUUCUGUCGACGUUGAUCAUCCCAUAAGAGAUUUUACUCAAAAGGUUGAACAGUUUGCAGCAAUGUUUUACGAACAGCUUAUGGACCGCCUUGAAGAUCUGGCAGCUCGUCAUGAGAAGCCUAGGAAUAUGGUCAAUCUUUUAUCUUUGGACGGGGGUGGCAUACGAGGGCUUGUCAUUCUUCAAACAUUAAUGGCCAUCGAGAGGGAACUUGGUGAACCAAUUUUUCCAUUUUUCGACUGGGUAGCUGGAACAUCUACUGGUGCCUUGAUCGCUACAGCUCUUGCUCAAGGUAUCUUUCAGUCUUUCCAUAAACCAUAUUCUCUUUCUAGGUAAGA